AUGGCUCCUUCUGCCAUUGCUACAGAACCCCUACCUGCGCCCGGCGACUCAAUAGGCUUCAUCAAGGAAAAUGCGAAGAACCUGCAAAAUGGCUCGAACAGAGAAUCACCCGUCACAACAGGCACUUCCACUCCGAUACCCACGAAUCCCACCUCCUCACCACCAAACCCAAACCACGCAGAAUACCAAUAUCUCAACCUGAUCCGCGACAUCCUCUUGCGCGGUGAACACCGCCCCGAUCGCACCGGCACCGGCACACUCUCCCUCUUCGCCCCUCCCCAACUGCGGUUCAGCUUGUCCAAACCAUCCUCUUCGUCCACCUCUGGCUCCGACCGCAUCUCCGUCCUCCCUCUCCUAACCACGAAACGCGUCUUCCUUCGCGCCGUAACCACCGAGCUCCUCUGGUUCAUAUCGGGCUGCACAUCCUCACGGCCGCUCUCGGAAGCGGGCAUCCACAUCUGGGACGGCAACGGCUCGCGCGCGUUCCUGGACAUUCUGGGCUUCUCACACCGCGAGGAAGGCGACCUCGGCCCUGUCUAUGGUUUCCAAUGGCGGCAUUUCGGUGCUGCGUACGAAGACUGCCACUCCGACUACACGGACAAAGGGGUCGACCAGAUCGCUGAGAUUGUGCGCAAACUCAAAACCAACCCCUACGAUCGGAGAAUCAUCCUGAGCGCCUGGAACGUCGCGGACCUGAAACUCAUGGCUCUCCCGCCCUGCCAUAUGUUUGCGCAGUUUUAUGUUAGUUUCCCUGAUGCGGUCAGGGGCGAGGCUGCACUCGGGCAGCACGACGAUGGCAAAAAUGGCGAGAAAGCAGAGCGCAAGGCGAAGGGCCACCUCUCGUGCGUCCUCUACCAACGCUCCUGCGACAUGGGCCUGGGUGUGCCGUUCAACAUCGCCAGCUACGCGCUGCUGACACACAUGCUUGCGCACGCGUGCGAUCUGGUGCCCGGCGAACUCAUCCACACAAUGGGUGAUGCGCAUGUGUACUUGGACCACAUCGACGCUCUGAAGGAGCAAUUGCUUCGUGAGCCAAGGGACUUUCCGACGCUGAAUAUCAAGCGUGACGAUAGAGGGAGUGGGAACAUGGACGGCUGGAAGGUCGAGGAACUUGAAGUUGUUGGCUAUAAGCCGCAUGGGGGAAUCAAAAUGAAGAUGAGCGUCUGA